GCCGGAGGCGGCGCGGCGGCAUCCCCAUCCUCCUUCUCCUCCCUAUCCCUCCGCCUCCUCCCUCCCUACCUUCCCCCGGGCGCCCUCUGCACUUACUUCUCGAGCCACCCUCGUAGACAAACUUUGAUGGGGAACCUCGCACCGCGCUGGAAAAAUGCCGGUUAUGAAGGGAUUAUUGGCACCCCAGAAUACCUUCCUCGACACCAUCGCCACCCGGUUUGACGGCACACAUAGUAACUUUAUCCUUGCAAAUGCUCAGGUGGCUAAGGGAUUCCCCAUUGUUUACUGCUCUGAUGGCUUUUGUGAGCUUGCUGGAUUUGCACGGACUGAAGUCAUGCAGAAGAGCUGCAGCUGUAAAUUCUUACUUGGUGCUGAAACAAACGAGCAGAUGAUUCUUCAAAUUGAGAAAUCGUUGGAGGAAAAGAUAGAAUUUAAAGGAGAAAUCAUGUUCUAUAAGAAGAAUGGGUCUUCAUUCUGGUGCUUACUGGAUAUUGUUCCUAUAAAGAAUGAAAAAGGAGAUGUGGUACUCUUUCUGGCCUCUUUCAAAGACAUAACAGACACAAAAGCCAAGAUUGCUGCAGAAGACAAAAAGGAAGAAAAAUGGAAAGGAAGAGGAAGGGCAGGAUCACAUUUUGAGUCAGCACGCAGACGGAGUAGAGCUGUCCUUUAUCACAUCUCUGGACAUCUACAAAGACGAGAGAAGAACAAAUUAAAAAUUAAUAAUAAUGUUUUCGUAGAUAAACCAGCAUUUCCAGAAUACAAAGUUUCAGAUGCAAAAAAAUCCAAAUUCAUACUGCUGCAUUUUAGCACUUUUAAAGCUGGCUGGGACUGGCUUAUUUUACUGGCAACGUUUUAUGUUGCUGUGACUGUACCUUACAAUGUUUCCUUUAUUGGCCAUGAUGAGCUGUCUACAACUCGAAGCACAACUGUCAGUGACAUUGCAGUGGAAAUUCUCUUUAUCAUCGAUAUUAUUUUAAAUUUCCGAACAACAUAUGUCAGCAAGUCUGGCCAAGUAAUAUUUGAAGCAAGAUCUAUUUGUAUCCACUAUGUGACUACGUGGUUUAUCAUUGACUUAAUUGCUGCACUUCCUUUUGAUCUUCUUUAUGCUUUCAACGUCACUGUGGUUUCCCUUGUCCACCUUCUGAAAACCGUGCGGCUGCUGCGGCUGCUGCGCCUCCUGCAGAAGCUGGAUCGCUACUCCCAGCACAGCACCAUCGUCCUCACGCUCCUCAUGUCCAUGUUUGCCUUGCUUGCUCACUGGAUGGCCUGCAUCUGGUAUGUCAUAGGGAAAAGGGAGAUGGAGCAGAACAACCCCCUUACUUGGGACAUAGGUUGGCUUCAUGAGCUAGGAAAACGAAUUGAAUCUCCUUAUUAUGAAAAUAAUACUCUUGGAGGCCCAUCAAUCAGAAGUGCCUAUAUAGCUGCCCUGUAUUUCACUCUCAGCAGCCUCACCAGUGUUGGCUUUGGAAAUGUCUCAGCCAAUACUGAUGCUGAAAAGAUCUUCUCCAUUUGCACAAUGCUGAUUGGGGCUCUGAUGCAUGCCUUGGUGUUUGGCAAUGUGACUGCCAUAAUUCAGAGGAUGUACUCCAGGUGGUCCCUUUAUCACACAAGAACCAAGGAUUUGAAGGACUUUAUACGGGUCCAUCACCUGCCACAGCAGCUAAAGCAAAGGAUGCUUGAAUAUUUCCAAACCACGUGGUCUGUCAAUAAUGGAAUUGAUUCCAACGAGCUUUUAAAAGACUUCCCAGACGAGCUGCGUUCAGACAUCACCAUGCACUUGAACAAGGAGAUUUUGCAGCUUUCCCUUUUUGAGUGUGCCAGUCGUGGUUGCCUCAGGUCUCUGUCUCUGCACAUCAAAACCUCCUUCUGUGCUCCUGGGGAAUACCUCCUGCGGCAGGGAGAUGCCCUGCAAGCGAUCUACUUUGUGUGCUCAGGUUCCAUGGAAGUCCUGAAGGACAGCACUGUGCUGGCAAUCCUUGGUAAAGGAGAUUUAAUUGGAGCAAACCUAUCCAUUAGGGAUCAAGUUAUUAAAACAAACGCAGAUGUUAAAGCUCUAACAUAUUGUGACCUCCAAUGUAUUAUACUCAAAGGUCUCUUUGAAGUGCUGGACCUGUACCCAGAGUAUGCUCACAAGUUUGUUGAAGACAUCCAGCAUGAUCUCACUUACAAUCUAAGAGAAGGCCAUGAAAGUGAUGUAAUAUCAAAAUUAUCCAACAAGCCUACACUAUCCCAGACAGAGCUCAAGGGAAAUGGCAAUAUAAAAAAGAGACUCCCUUCAAUUGUGGAAGAUGAAGAUGAGGAAGAGGAGGGAGAAGAAGAAAGCAGCAGCCUUUCACCAAUUGAUACACGAAGCACAAAUAGCUCUCAGCAGAAGAAGACUGCAAGCAGCAAAAGCCACCUAGGGAGAAACUUGAAGCAGCUGGCCUCAGGAACUGUACCCUUCCAUUCCCCCAUCCGUGCUUGCAGUUCCAACCCCUCACGAGCCAAACAUGAAACAGAGAUCCAUUACUACUCCAAAAGGAAGGAUAAAAACCUUAAAUUGUACCUGUCAGCGCUGACUGCCAGCGGCCCACCUGAUCUGAGCCCAAGAAUUGUCGAUGGGAUUGAGGAUGGAAACCAUAACGAAGAAAGCCAAACCUUUGACUUCAGCUCUGAUCAGCUCAGGCAGGAAUCCAGGUUAUCUCCUACAACUGGAGAGGCUGAAAUUGGUGCUGCUGUGCUCGUUAUCAAAGCAGAAGAGACCAAACAGCAGAUCAGCAGGCUUAAUAAUGAGAUGACAUCUUUAAGUCAAGAAGUCUCACAAUUACGUAAGGAUAUGAAGAAUGUGAUGCACCUUCUGGAAAACCUGCUCACGUCCCAGAAGUCUCCAGGAUUCUGUGCUGUGCACAGCCUAUCUCGAAGUCCCACCAUGGACAGUCUGCAGCCUCGAGUGGCUUGGACUACACAUCAGCCUUGCUCUCACAUGCAAGCUGGCAAUUUCUCUUGCACCAAAGCACAACUUUGUCGUGGAAACACACUAUGUGACAUUUGGAAUACAGAUCUGUCUUCUGUAGGCAGCAGUCCCCAAAGGACUGAACCCAACCUGCAAAAUUCUAUGGAUGGUGAAUUUUAUUUUACAACAGGCCUUCAGAAUUCCCCUUCCCAGUAUCAGGUAAUUCAGAAAGAUAAUCUGCAAUUUUUAAGAUGCACUUCUCCCCAUUCAGACACUACCCUGACUCCUCUUCAGUCUAUUUCAGCAACGCUUUCUCCUUCAGUGUGCUCUUCAUCAGAGACAUCACUGCACCUAGUGCUGCCCAGCAGAUCUGAGGAAGGAAGUUUUAGCCAAGGAGCAAUCAGCUCACUAAGCCUUGAGAAUCUGCCAGGAUCAUGGGACCUGGAAGGAACAGCCGGAGUAACUUCUGCACAGAGCCCAGAUUUCCCAGUAGACAUUGUGACAAGCACAAGGGAUGUUAAAGAUAAAGACUGCCAAGCCAUAGAUGUAUGAGAAACAGUGAAGUGGUACUCAAAGCAUGUUCCACAGCUGCCAGUUUUAAAUUUAGAGAGUACUGCAUGACUGCUCUAUUUGAUCCCUGUUUUGGCGAUCAUGGAGACUUACAAACGUGAAAAUUCAGACUUAUAGAAAGUAAGAAAAGGUAAUGGUUCAUACUAUAGAAAAAACAAUAAAUUUCUAGAUUCUAGAAGCAUGUUGAAAAAACAUUUUGAAUACAGAUAUAACCUGUCUGUUUGACAGACUUUUGUGAUAGUCCAAAGACCCUGAGGGUCAGAGCAGCUGGAAGUCUAGCACAAAGAACUGUCAUGGGUGGCUUUUGUUCAUCGAAGCAAAGGUUUUCCCUGAGUGUCUGACUGUUGUUCCCAAACAAUAUCUAUGGCACUGUUUGCUUCAGGUGAUUGUGGGUCCUGCUGGUCUUUUUGUCAGUUCUGUGAAGGCAAAGGACAUUCGCUGCAUGUCAUCUAGACAAUCAACCAAAUAGAGCUGCUAGAGAGUGCUUAGAUGUUGCACGUUAUUUGUCAUGUAAAUGAAACCACUUAAUUUAUCUAAAAAUACUAUUUUUAUAUACUUGGUAUGAAACAUGUACAUAAAAAUUAUUUAAAAUAUUUAUAAAGAGAAUAAGAGUUUGGUUUCAUUUUGGUAAAAGCUUGCAGUUUUAACAAGAAAUGCACUACCAUCGUGUAUUAGAUCAAAUACUAUUUAUUGUUAAGAUAUCAUGUAGUUUACAAAUUACUUCUCUUUUAUGUGCAUGCAAUUUGCAAUGAAUGUACUCAUUCUGGUGGAAUACAAAUAAAUUAAGGUAUUAUUUUAUUUAAAAACAUAAAAGAGCUGAAAUGUUGUAUCCUAUAAUAAGGUAUCACUACUUAAAAAAUGAGUUGUUGUACUGAUACCAUUAAUUAUUCUUGGUUUAUGUUUUAGUAUUGCACUGUAAUUCGUAAGACCAAGUCAACAUUUAAAAUACUUCCUGUUUAGGGGCUUUAUAUCUGGUUAAGAACAUAAAAAGGGAUGAAAACUAAUGAGCAAACUGAGGAAUAUUAAAGGAGAAAAUUACAAUUUUAGUAAGUCUGAAUCAAAGAAUUAAGAUUAAAGUAUUUAUUAUUAAAGUAACUAUUUAUUAAUUGAUCUUUUUGUUUCAUCUCUUAAAAACUAGCUUUGAUUUUUAGUCAGAAUUUUUUCAAAGGAAAUACUAUAGAUUUGGUGAAUUAUUUAAUCUAGAAUCUGACCUAAUGUACCCCCAACAUUUUUUUCCUGGUAUUUAAUGUACUAGAAGCAUAUUGCUACAGCGCAACCAAGGCUACAUAUUUGCAUUGGAAUUUUGAUUUUUAUAUAUAAAGAUGUGCAGCGAAAAUCAAAUUUACAUAUCCUUUAACAAGCUUUCUAAAAAAACCCCACACUUACAAGCCAAAAUAAAUGUCCUAAAAUGGAUAAGUAAACUAAGUUAUAUUUAAUAAGUCAUGCAAACUGGUGGGUAUCAAAAUUUUUAAAAUUUUUACAGAGCACAGAUUUUGGUUUAACUUCUUAAGAGGUUGUUUUGGUGGGAUUUUUAACAGAAACUUCAAAGACAAAAUAUAUAUUAACAUUUGACUGUGUGUGGGAAUACAAACCCCAGCUGACACUCUGUGCCCAGCCUACAUACUUCCACAGCCAUUUUCCUACUGGUACAAAUUAGGGAUGAAAUGUCAUCUCCAAUUUUGGACUACCUGAAUUUUGCCAAUGUGUCUACACCUCAAUGUGAGUGUUUGUACACAGGGUUUCUUACUUUCCCUCUAUUCCAGUUUUUACUUAGUUUAAGGUUAAAUAGAGAAGUACAGAUUAAAUGAAGAGUAUCCUAAAAUUAAAAAAAAAAAUAAAAUACAUGUGCAAAUACAAGUUCUAUGAUAUUUCUGCAAACAGUCCUGGUUCACCUUCACCCAUCCACUGUCACCCACCACAAUUCAGCACUGGGCGGGAGGCUGGGGGAGGCUGCCUGCUCCCCACUCCCAGGGCAGGAGCCCCAACCUCACCUCAGCACCCUACAGCCACAGUCCUCUCCUGUCCUCACCUCAAAGUGCCGCUCCUUGGGAUGCACUGAUACAUAUUGCACAGCUGUCCACAAAUCCUGAUUUCUCAGCCUACCAAAUUCCAGUUACUGACUGAGAAUGCACAAACACACCAUGCCUAUUUCCCAAUAUCAUUUAACAAUUUCCAUUGCCCACAUAAAUUGGGAGAAGCAUCUGCUUUCUCAUUUUAUGACAUAGAAACCAUUAUGUAUAUGCAUUAAGAUUUUGGCAUUGGGUUUUUUAAUUUCCAGUAUAAACAGUGGUGUCAUGAGAUUAAAACCAGUUGUUUUGUCCUGGAGUUUUUGUAUCGGUUUUGUAUCAAGGUAUAAAAAGGUCAGUGGAAACGCAAAAAUCCUCUUUGCAUACACUGCCUUAGCUUUGGUAUUGUACAUUUUAUUCUCAAAUAAAAUAAAAAAGGCAUUUGCAGUAAUUACAUAGAAAUAGCACCAGGAUAUCAGUGCUAAGUUGAUCCUUGUUUCUGCAACUGUCAAGCACAUCCCAAACAAAGCUGGUAAACACUGUUUGUACUGGCCAUAGUUUCAAGCAACACACAAGAACUGCAGAAAUUCUGUAAGAUGGGCAUCACACCAGUGAGUGCAUUGCCUUCCAUGGAAAAGCUCAAGGAACUUCAGACAAGGCAAGAACAUCACCUUCAUUCCAAGUGUUGUGGUUUAACCCCAGCCAGCACCCAGCCCCAUGCCGCCACUCACUCAUUUCCUUCCUGUCAGAAUAAGCACCAAAAUUGGAAAAGUAAAAGCCAGAAAAUUAAUGGGUUGAGCUAAAGACAGAUUUACAGGGAAAGCAAAAGCCGCGCAUGCAAACAAAGCAAAGCAAGGAAUGAAUUCACUGCUUCCCGUGGGCAGCAGGUGUUCAGCCACCUCCAGGAGAGCCGGACUCAGUCGUGCGUAACUGUGACUUGGGGAGACAAAUGCCAUCACUCCAAAUGUCCCUCCCUGCCCUCCUCUUCCUCCAGCUUUAGCAUGCUCAGCAUGGCACCAUAUGGUAUGGAAUAUCAUAAGUGGGGGUCAGCUGUCCUGGCUGUGUCCCCUCCACAUUCCUGAGCACCCCUCUGGUGGGUGGACAAGGAAUAGAAGACUCCUUGGCUCUCUGUAAGCCUUGCUCAGCAGUACCAAAAACCCUUUCAUCACCCUGUUUCAGCACAAAUUCAACCCACAGCCCCACACCAGCUGCUGUGAAGAGCUGGCAUGAAGAGCUGUGUGAAGCAAAUUAAAAAUCCCAGCCAAGACCAGCACACCUGGACAAAAUCAAGGAAAGAAUGAGGAAGAUCUUGAAGGGUUGUACUAUUUUAAACUCCCUGACACCAUCAUAGUAUGAAGGUCCCAGGAAAAGCAUUCCUCAAGCAGCUUUUGCAGAAAGUAUCUGCAACCAGUGCAAAAAAUUUCACUUUUGAAGGUGAAAUGAAAAUUCACAAGGACAAAUGUGAAAGCUUAUACUUUUGAAAUGGAACAAUAUCCAAGCAAGAUUACCAUGGACAUAAUAAUUCUAAACACAAAGUGGCCAUUGAGGAUAUAUGGGAUUAAAGUAACAAGCACUGUAAUAUUUACAUGCUACCUUCAACACACUUUCAGUAUGAAAAUCAAUACAAGCAUUCCAUACCCUAACAUCCAACCAACC